GCUGACGUCACGGCGGCCCGUUUUUCCGCCCAGGUCUCGGCUUCCUGCUGAGUCUCCACUCCGGUAGUUCCCGCUGCCUCGACGCGCCACACUUCGAAGUUGAAGCGCCGGGGAGAGGUGGACGUUCCUGGUACUGUGCUGCUCACUGAACAGUACUGCAAACAUCAUGGCUACCAUUCCAGAAUACUAUGCAGGGAAAAAUGUUCUGAUCACUGGAGCAACAGGCUUCAUGGGCAAGGUGUUGCUGGAGAAGCUGCUGAGGUCCUGCCCAGGAGUCAAAUCUGUUUAUGUAAUGGUCAGGUCCAAAGCUGGCCAGAGCCCCAAAGCUCGCAUUGUGGAUAUGAUCAGCUCCAAGCUGUUUGACAGAUUGCAAGAUGAACAGCCUGGCUUCACUCAGAAGAUCAUUGCAAUGAACAGUGACCUCACACAGCCAGAGCUGGAUCUCAGUAAAGAGGAUCAGACUGUUCUGUUUGACAAUGUUAACGUCAUCUUCCACUGUGCUGCCACAGUCCGCUUUAAUGAGCCACUCAAAGAUGCCAUGCAGCUGAAUGUCCUGGCCACCCAGAAGAUGUUGGCACUGGCCCAUAAGAUGAAGCACCUAGAGGUCUUCCUUCAUGUCUCUACAGCCUAUGCAAACUGUGACAGAGAGCUAAUUGAAGAAGUCGUCUACCCUCCUCCUGUAGACUACAAAAAACUCAUCAAUACUCUGGAAUGGAUGGAUGAUGGCCUGGUAUCAGCAAUGACCCCCAAACUGAUAGGAUCUCGUCCCAACACAUAUACCUACACCAAAGCCUUGGCUGAGUAUCUGGUGCAGCAGGAGGCUGGAGACCUCAAUGUAGCCAUUGUCAGACCCUCUAUAGUUGGAGCCAGCUGGAAGGAGCCCUUCCCUGGUUGGAUUGAUAAUUUUAACGGACCUAGUGGAAUAUUCAUUGCUGCCGGUAAAGGGAUCCUGCGCACAAUGAGGGCAUCCAAUGAUGCAGUGGCCGAUCUAGUGCCUGUGGAUAUAGUUAUCAACAACACGAUUGCUGCAGCUUGGUACUCUGGAAAGCAAACAUGCAGGCCAAAAAAUAUUCCAAUAUACAACUGUACAACUGGUGGAUUAAACCCAUUUCAUUGGGGAGAAGUUGAGUACUGUAUAAACAUGACCUUCAAGACCAAUCCCUUAGAGCAGGCCUUCAGAAGGCCCAAUGUCAAUCUGCGCUCCAAUCAGUUUACUAAUCAAUACUGGACCACUGUCAGCCACACGCUGCCAGCCUUGUUCUAUGACUCCUAUCUGAGGCUCACAGGCCACAAGCCCCGAAUGAUGAAGACAAUCACUCGUCUCCACAAAGCUAUGAUGGUCCUGGAGUAUUUCACCAGUCAUUCUUGGGUGUGGAACACUGAAAAUGUGACCAUGCUGAUGGCCAUGAUGAGCCCAGAAGAUAAGAAGGUGUUUAACUUUGAUGUACGUCAGCUCCACUGGCCAGAGUACAUGGAAAGUUACUGCAUGGGCACCAAGAAAUACGUUCUGAAUGAGGAGCUGUCGGGCCUGCCUGCUGCACGCAAACACCUAACCAGAUUGCGUAACAUUCGCUACUCUUUCAACACUGUCCUGGUCGUACUCAUCUGGCGAAUCUUCAUUGCCCGCUCCCAGAUGGCUAGAAACAUCUGGUACUUUGUAGUAAGCCUCUGCUACAAAUUUCUCUCCUACUUCAGAGCUUCAUCAACCAUGAGAUAAUGAGGUAGGGGGAGGACAUGGUUCUGGGGUUGUGGUGGAAGAUAUGAAGAAAAUGCUGACUGUGGCUUAUGAAAGAUGCCUGAGCUCCAAGCCUUCUUCAAUGGCACCAUACAGUUUCUUGCUUAGUGUUUGCCCAGGCACAAUGGAACAGUUGCACAUCAUGAACACAGCUUCUGGGCAAGUGUACAGAAGCCUAAAAUGUUACUCAUCUUAACGAUUGAACGGCUAGCAUUUUGUUUAAACAACAUGGUUUGCUCACAACAUGCAGCAUUUGGAUUAGUUAAAGAAGGACUAGUCUGUCAUUUUCAAUACCUUCCUGAUGCCAGCUUUUCCAGAGCACCACCUACAAACAUGCUCUGUCUUGUUUAGCUUGUCUAACUGUCUACAAAGUGGAACUAUGCAUUUCAAGCUGUGCAGCAAAAGCCAUCAAGCUGGUUUUGAGUUAAGCUUCAGUCCUGUAACUGACACACCAUCUGUUUAUGGAGUCUCACUGAAUAAUAAAACAUCCAGCUUCUGCGUGAGUCAAAUGUCACCUAAGAACUUUAUUCUUUCAAAGUUUGUUUUUAGGUAUUUAAUCAAAGACUUGUCUUGCAGUGUUCCUCAUGUCGCAAAAUGCCGUCACCUCUGUAUUUCUGCAAGUCUCUAGUGAACAGCAGUGGUCAGUCCUUUGAUCCUGACAAAGCAUAAAGUACAUUGUAAUUUAAAAAUGAAGCACUGGCCUCUUCAACAUUGUUUCAUCUAAGAAUCUGCAAUUUGGUAAAAUACAUCUUAAUUCACAGACUUGUAGCUUAGAGAAUGAGACUGUAAAGUUGACAGGUAGUCAGGUUUGGCUCAUUUCCACUUUUUUUCAUUACUGUUCCCUGACUACGUUUGAAAAAGGCUUUUCUCCUGUUGGUGCCAUUAGGGCAAUGCUACAGUACUUGACCAUCGGAGAGUGUGUAUGUGUAUGUGUUUUUUUUUUUUUUUUUUAAUGUUUUUCUUUUUUUCUUUUGGGUACUAGUGUUUGGGUUAUUUGUUUUCCUGUGCAGUUUGUCUUCUGGUUGUGUUUGACUGUGGGCUGUAUGUAGGAACUUUGAAGAUGAGCUUUGGCUUGUGAAUACUGUGCAGUCCUUUGGAUAUUUUGCAGCUUGAGCUUGGUUACGAAAACUUGUGGCUAAAAAUUACCCUGUAGCUAGAGUUUUUGGUCUAACAAUGUACAGUCUAAAAUGUAUUUUUGUGCCUAUUUUGCUUUAAAGAGAAGUGCACUAUGUCUAGAGGUGAAUCGCUUCUUUUCAGGCUUUGUUUAGGAGGUAAGGUACACUAGUAACAUGUGGCCAAACUGUUUUGACUUGUGACCCCCCCCCCCCUCCCCCAGCAUACCGAAGCAGUUGUUUAAACAUAUCAGCAACUUUUAUAGUCACAUUGGCCUGAAAUUGGUUUGAUCACAUCACCAUAGUAACACUGGGUCAAUUAGCUGUUGGACACUGAUUCAAAUGCUGCAAUGUUGGAUACUUUUUUUUUCCAUUUUUGGAGCUGGAGUGGAGCUUUAGAGUAAUGGUUUGAACUAUUCUGUAACAGCUGGAACAUCUGUAUUUAGCACUUGGUUGUUCAAAUUUCUGCUCCUUGGAAACAAAGUGGAAAAAUUUUGUUCAACACAGUGAUGUUUGCUGUUUUAACUGUGCCAAAGUAGUAGUGGAUGGGAUGGGGGGAGAGGGGUGGUUGUGGGGUGUGUUUUUUUUUUUUUUUUUUUUUUUUAUUCCUCCUCUUUUUAGCCAACAGAACAUGGGUCCAUAUGCUUGGUUUGAGAUUGACUUCAGGCUGGGUCAAUGUAACAUUUUCAGUUUUUAAGAAAGAGAGACACUUCAGUUUCAGGAGAAGGAAAAUGUUUGACCAGCUUCAGAAUGACUCAACUGGUGCCUUGUGUGUAAGCCAAAAAUAAUAUAAUAUAAUAAAUGUGUAAUCAUUCUCUUAA